AUGGCGUAUCCGAACCAUUUGUCACAAGAAAUGGCUUCUUUACAACACUACUCAGACCAACACUUAACCGCUGAAAACACUGCCGUUCUCCGCAGUAUUCUGCCCCAACAGCUCGGCCAAUCUUCAACAGAUACCUCCGGGAAACCGCCGGGCCAGCACAACCACCAGCAAUCGGCUCAGGUUGGCGUCGGUCCGACGUGGCUCAACAGCGCGAUUCUGAGACAACAGAACCAGUACGGAGAGGAAAAUUUCUUGAAUUUGCACACGAAUUCGGACUCGAGGACGUCGCAGGGGCCGAACCAGUGGCUUUCGAGGCCGAUUCUGCAGAGGAAUAUUAGCGACGUGAGGGACGAUGGUCAAGUAUCCAACGGUUCGAUGAUUGCCGCGGCUAUUUCGCACGAAUCGCCUGAUUUGAACAACAAUGAUAACAGCAGAAACAUCGAGAGCCACGGAGGAGGCGGUGACCUAAAUGAUAGUGAAGUCGUCGGCGGUGGCGGUGGGGAUGGAGUUGUGAAUUGGCAAAAUGCGCGAUGCAAAGCAGAAAUUCUUGCGCAUCCGCUGUACGAGCAGCUUUUAUCGGCUCACGUUGCGUGUUUGCGAAUCGCGACACCGGUAGAUCAGUUGCCGAGGAUUGAUGCGCAGCUGGCGCAGUCGCAGCACGUAGUGGCCAGGUACUCGGCGCUUGGACAUGCUAAUCUUGGUGAUGAUAAGGAGCUUGAUCAGUUCAUGACACAUUAUGUUCUGUUGCUUUGUUCUUUUAAAGAACAACUGCAACAACAUGUUCGUGUCCAUGCAAUGGAAGCAGUUAUGGCUUGCUGGGAGAUUGAGCAAUCCCUACAGAGCUUAACAGGAGUGUCACCAGGAGAAGGCACUGGUGCAACAAUGUCUGAUGAUGAUGAUGACCAGGUAGACAGUGAUGUGAACCUAUUUGAUGGAAGUUUGGAGGGUCCUGACAGCAUGGGAUUUGGUCCUCUCAUCCCUACAGAGAGUGAGAGAUCAUUGAUGGAGCGCGUAAGGCAAGAGCUGAAGCAUGAACUGAAGCAGGGUUACAAGGAGAAAAUCGUGGACAUUAGGGAGGAAAUUUUACGCAAGAGGAGAGCAGGAAAGCUUCCUGGUGAUACCACUUCUGCCUUAAAAGCUUGGUGGCAAACACAUGCCAAGUGGCCAUACCCAACAGUAAGUGUCAGGUUAUCAUAAUUUUCGUUGUGUUUGGCUUGGUGACAUACUCCAAAAAGGCAGUUCUAUAUGUUGACUACUCCAUGUUUUGGUAAUGUAAUGCACUUUUCUAGCUGUGCAUGGAGCAUAGUGUAGGACAAGUUUGCCCUCAUGUGGUCAUCUUCAAGUGACAAGAGCCCCGUGUUUGCUUUGGUUGUUUAACUGCACUUCAUAGAUUCACAAUCUUUGGGUUUUAAAUGGCUUUCCUCAAUAGAUAAUUGGGAAACAUUCGUGAAGCUCAUGAUAACCAAAUUGCUUACGCACUUUUGACUUAUUACCUCAAAUUAUCGCGGUUAAUUUGUGCCUUUCCAGGAGGAAGAUAAAGCAAGAUUGGUACAGGAAACAGGCUUGCAAUUAAAGCAGAUAAAUAAUUGGUUCAUCAAUCAGAGAAAGAGGAACUGGCAUAGUAAUCCUUCCACCUCUACCGUCAUUAAGAGCAAACGCAAAAGUAAUGCAGGUGAAACUAGUGGCGAUCGUUUUAUGUGAAAUGAACAACUGAUCCAGAUGGCAAACUUCUCUCAUGUGACCUCUGUGAUUCACACUUGAGUUAUACGUCAAACAUCAGUGCACAUACUACUGCAUGGAAAUGUGUUUUUCACUUGAACCAUCAUAUAUCUUGCUUCUACGUAUAAAAGGGCUUAACAUUGUGGAUGAGCUGAUGAUGACAAAGAAUUUGAUAUGUGCCCGUUAACAGGUAUGCCCCAAGGACUGUAGAAGGCCUGUUUCUUAUGGUGCAGUGUGGUUAGAAAGUUCAAUUUUAAAGUAUAUAUGAUGAUAGUUGACGUGAAUCGCUACCCAUCCGUUGAGGAUUCAUCGUUUUUGUUUAGCCUUUUGAUAUUUCGUGAAUAAAAUACGAAUCGGGUGAUGGUGUACAGUGUAAUGGUCUCUUGCUGCAUGGUUACCGUUACAGUUAUGGUUAUUGUUUCUAUUGCCAUUGUGCUGUAGUAGUCAUUUAGUGUUAAACUUGUGGCAAAUAUCGAUAUAAAAGGAAUUAGAAUCUUGUAGUCGUUGCAGAUAUGGAUUUCUAGAUGCUUAUAGUCUUCUUGUCAAUGCUUUUUUCUUGCUAUUCUUAACACUCCCAUGGUAUAAAGUAACUUUGACGAGUAGUCCUCAGGGAUGAAACAAGAAAGACAAUGAAAUUUUUUCUGAAACCCUAU